GAAAAUUAGUUAGCUCUCUAAACUGCGUAACUUCCUAGUCGUUUACGUAUGUCUGGAACAUGGAAGUUGCAUUACUUAAGAUGAUGUACUAUACACCCCGCUAUACAUCUGCUGACGACUGACGACUUCUUUUUUUUCCAGCACCGGAAAUACUGCAAGGAAUCCCGUACGGACAUGCGGUCGAUUGGUGGGCGCUGGGAGUGCUGGCAUGCCGCAUGUACACCGGCCGGUACCCGAACGUGGAUCCGACCGAGUAUUUAAGGGCGGCAGCGACAGCGACAUCACCACCGCUGGUGGCUCCACGUGCCUCCGCAUACGCCAGCACCGCCAUCAGCAACAAUCCGCCGCCGAACGUGGAGCGGCUUCUGCCGGCCUCGGUCCAACGCUUGGUGCCAGAAGGACGUGAUCUGCUGCAGCGGUUGCUUCAACCGGAUCCGAAGGAUAGGCUACGGUCGCUGCUGCAGCUGCAGCGUAUCGCGCUCUAUCAACGCUACAGGUGGGAAGAUGUACGCAGCAUGAAGAUUUCACCGCAAGAUCUGUUCGAUGAAGAGUGCCUAACGGAAGUGGAAGAUGUAUCGUUUCCGGAGUUCUAGCGAAUAGCGUGAUCGUGUCUGCACAUACUAGAACCGCUCAUCACCUUCGAGCAUUAGGAGUAGUUAAGAAAUUUUAAACGUCCAAUAGAACAGUAUUGAGUAUUAGCAUAACAUUCGAAUUCGAUGCUUGUACUUGUGGUCUACAUCCAAGAAGAACUUACCCUACUAAUAUGUAGGUCACCAGAGGCGAAUGACACAUUCGGGUGAUUCAGAGUAGCUGAUGCCCACUUAUCGAAUUCAUUUCUGUGCCGGUAACGCAACCAUUAGCGUUACAAUCACACCUCCCCAACCCCCCAUCCUCAGCUUGUAAUUGUCCGGCGCACGGAUUUAUUGGUGCGAACAUGUUGAAGGUGAUGACGAGUGUGAUCGUGAUGUGAUUAGAGCGAUCGUAAUAAUGAUGAUGCUCAAGAGAGUGCGAGAGACGUCCAAUGAGAUGAUGAUGAACCGAAUGCGCGCGCUCGAUCGCGUGCCACGGGGCUUCGAGAGAAGGACGCGCUUUGCUGCACAGCCCACUCAUUCGCGAAGAUGAGUGUGCGCGCGGCAUCACAAACGCGGGGAGGUCGCGCGCGUGGUGGGCACGUUCGUCGAAACGCUAUUAUGCCACGAUUCGUUCGCAGCGAAUUAAUGAGCGGGUUAGGUGUAGUGUACGCGAUACCAUCACCAUUGCAUUUGCGGAGGCUUUUUAUCUCGACGCAAAAUUGGUAGCGCGUGAUGCUGCCGUGAUAGGGCCGGAAGAAACUAGAUCUACGUGCCGGUGGAAAAUUGUUUGAUAAGCCCGCGAGUUGGUAACCCCCUCCCCCCGGGCAUAAAACCUUCCAUUCAUUCAUUGACGGUGAAGUUUACUGAUUUAAUAAUCUCACGGUCAAGUCUCGCUCGAUUGGUGUGAAACUGUUAGAGACCCUCGACAGACGCCAUCGAAUGCGAUGCAAAAUGGGGUUCGCGCCGGGUCCAGUCGAUCGAUCGGGGGUGGGAGGCCGGAAAUUCGGAAGGUACGAAAGAAGACAUUGAUCAUUUUCCGAUCACGCGAAAACAACAACCACGAUCGCACGUGCUCCAGUGUGCGUGUGUAUGUGUCGGGUUUAUUGCUGGUAAAGAGGGUGAAAACAAUGAAAAACGCAAAUAAGUGUUCAAUGGGGGGUUUUUUUUUUCUUCGCUGGAGACAGAGACCACACGUCGGCGAUUUUUUGUUGUUGUAGGAAAAAUAGCGUUUCCGGGGUAUGCUCCGGGCGAAGGUUGCCUACAAUUGGAGGCUUAGCUGUUUUGGCCGGUAUAGGAGGUUUCCGGAUAAUUUGAAGAGGAUCUCCAAGGUCACCAACCCAUUAAAGACCACAAUUUGUGCAGCACUUCAACAAAGCGCCACUUACACUGUACAGUGUGGGCUUAAUUUUUUGGAAUGGCUUUGGUGCAGUUUUUCCGGCCGGUGAGGGAGCCUAGAAUAGAAUCGUCCGAAAUGUGUUGUGCUAUUCGAUUCGAAUUUUAACUGCCAUUUUAUUUAAAUUACUGUACGAAGAAAUUAAGGUUAAGAGAUUUUGUUCCGUACAAGAAAAUUUGUAAAAGAAUAUUUGUUGAACCCCCCAACGUCUAGACUUCGCCAGGAGUUUGAUAGUGAAAAUAAAAUAUUCUCUUCAGCGUUGCAUAGAAAUGUCAACAAUGUUUGAUAUCUUACGGAUUAAAAGAUUUUUUCUAUUCUA